CAAUCACAAAUGUUCGCGCUUUUUUAAACAAGAUUAGGAUUUUUGUUUGUGAACAUCGAAUGGAGUGAGACAUAUCACUUUACUCUUGUAUCUAGUGGCCUUACAACAUAUGUAUCACCUAUCAGUUUCAAGUUAGUAAAAUAUUAAUCUAUGCGCACUACGCAGUUUACGAUGAUUAGUGAUUCAGAAUUGAUGCUUCACUAUUCAAGUACAAGUGAAAACGUGGCAUAUCUUCAUCAGUUGAGAUUGUUGAAGUCAGUCCCACUCAAAUGAUCACCACCAAAAAUGCGAAUGUUGGCCAUUCUUUAACAGACAUUAACUCUGAUGAUCAAGAUAUUAUGGAUUCUGGGAGUCAAAAUCUACACACAGAAGUUUUGGAACCAGAAGGAUUGGAAACUGAUGGCCGUCUAUACGAUGGAGAAGAAACCGUAGUUUUUGUUACAGGAAAUAAAGGUAGAAAACGAAAAUACUUACAGCCAAUACAGACAUUGCAUUUGCUUUGUUAUUGUACUUUAAUGCGCAUCAGUGCACUAAAAUUUAUCUCAACGGAGCAAGCUAGGAAUGAAUUCCAAGAUUUAACCGAGUACCAACAACGUAGUUGGAUGCUGACAUAUUUUCAUACGCAUAUGAAUAAAUCUGGAGGUUGCGUUAAAAUUUGCCUAUUGGUCGGUGCAAGUGAAGUUUGUGCGAAAGCCUGGAUGUUAGUAUAUGGAAUUGGCCGGACAACAUUUUACAAGAUACGAAAACAAGCUAUUGAUCCUGAAAAUGAACCUGAAAGAUUUCCGCUUCACACGAUAAUCUUCAAUGAUCAUCGUGUCACGCAUACGGAUGAAACGACAAAUAGUGGAGAAGAAGGAGAUGAUGAUGACUCGGACAAAGAAGAGGAAAUAAAGCCGAUUCAUAUUGGACGACUUUUUAAACGGAAGCCGCCACAGCAACUAGAGUUUGGUGCAAUGGUAGCGACAGCUCUACAAAGGUACCCAUCAGAAUGGCCACAUAUAGGGAAAGUGCUGUAUUACGGAAAACAAAGUGGAGGUAUCGUGGUACAGUGGAACAUAUUCAUCUGUAUGCAUUCCGUGUACUAAAGACAGUCAAGAGUGGAGGGAAACUAUCACAAAAGAAGAUGUGAUCUGUGUAUUUAGACUAACUCAGGCCAGUAGGUUGCCAACCAAUACAGUCGCAAAAUUAAAAGAGGCAAAACUAGAUUUUGUAAAAUAGACUAGUAGGCCUACUGUCACUACACACUACACGUUGAGAAACGUCGCUGGAUGGACAGAAAUAUUUGUGAGGAAUAAAGUCGUCGGAUCCGUCAAAUAUCGGGAUUUUUUUUUAUCAAGUGAAUGUUUAGUUUAAUCUAUCAUUUUGGUCUGAUUUUCUCUACUUUUAUAUUUUAAAAUAUUUAUAAUUGUUUGCUUCUUAUGGCCGCUUGUGUUUUUUGUAUAUCCCAUUUGCCUAUCAAUGUUAUAUAUGUAAUAAAGUGAUGUAACAAUAAUAAUGUA